GGGUAUUCUGCUUGACUAGGGCUUACAUCGAUGGAUUUUGGUUGCAUCCGGGUUGAAUCCCCGCCUCCAUAUUUGCAUGCAAUUGUCUACCGACAACACUCUUCUUUUUUCAGAACAACUGUUGGAAGAAGCAUCUCCGAAAUAGCAUCUUUCGAAGUCUGUGACUCGUGAAAAUGUUUAUGGUGAGUGGGGUCCAUAUCUCCCCAGUACAACAUACCAGAACUUUGCUCGAGAAGACUACGCCGCCUGCGCCAUCAUCCAACCACUGCCAACACAGCCAAUAUUUUCAUAAGUGAAACCAUUGAAUAAUAUCAACACAGCAUUGUAAGCCUCAGCACCGAUCGGUCUUCUCGCUUUGUUGCACUAUUCAAAGACCACUCGAUCGUUGAAGCCCAUUGAGAAGCUGAUAAGCUCGCAUCUGGGUAAAUAUCAUAUGUCGACGAGGGAUUAGACGUGUUAGACAUGUAGCAAGCUGCUCGAACUUCCAAAUACCUAUAUGUUAACCCCAUUUUACCUGCCUGUCUUCCAAGGUAUGCGUACAAUGAAGAAGACGUGAGAUCAACGCUUUUGGUGAAUGAAGUUGUUCAAUCAACCGAGGUAGUUUUGGGAGUUUCUCGAGUCCGGGGUUUUAGCGUCCGAUCCACGCUAAAUUGCGGGACAUUCCGCAUCAUCACUGGCGUCCGAGCGACCACUUUUAUAUCAUCAUUCACUCCUUGGAUCCUUGGAUAGGAUUGAUUACUGUACCUAUUAUUAUAAACAUCUUGUAUCAUUCGCUUUGGCAAUCAUGGGAUCAAUCAGUGGUAAUGAGAAUACACGUCCUGAUGCGAAGGAAAUCCGAGUCUUGGUUACAGGUUUUGGUCCUUUUCGCGCGCAAUUUCCCAUAAAUCCAUCAUGGGAGAUAGCAUCUCGUCUACCACCUUACGUUCCUACGAAUGUAAAAGAUGAGGGGCACCAUCCGCAUGCACGACCACCAAUAAACAAGCACACGCCACGCAUUAAGAUUGAGACUUAUGGAGCGCCAGUUCAUGUAGGAUACAAGGCUGUUCGGGAACUUGUGCCUGUACUUCUUGAUGACACAAAGCCUGAUUAUAUACUACAUAUUGGAAUGGCAUCUGGUCGAUCUUUUUACAGUUGUGAGCGACGGGGUCAUCGAGAUGGAUAUUUCAUGAAAGAUGUCGAUGGUAGUGUUUUGAACGAUGAAUACAACAAGAUCAAGGAGGGCGAUGACUGGGUAUGGCAUGAUUGUCCUGGGGAACUUUUGACGAGUUUGCCAUUCGACAAAAUGUUCCGUCAAUGGAAGGAAGCUUGUCCUGAAGUCGAUACACGCAUUUCCGAAGAUGCCGGUAACUACCUCUGCGAUUUUAUAUACUAUACCUCUCUCGCACACCGUUACAAGCAUCAAAAACCAAAUAAAGCCAUGUUCUUACAUGUACCCGUCGACUCCGAUCCCGAGUCUGUACGGAAGGGUGUUGAAAUUACAACCGAGCUAAUUCGGGCAAUGGUUGAAUGUGAUCUCAAAGCUCAAGCCAAUACUGGGGACGAUAUUAAUACCACAGAAGAGAAAGUGGAUCUGUGAAUACUUCAAUUAUUUGACAGGUGAAAUUGUAUAUACCUGACUUAGUAGAGGGGAAUUGGUAAACAUAAUAGGCAGGAUGGACAUCAUGGGAAUAACACGUUUGAUAGUAUUGGUAGCAUCUGUAGUUUUAAGAGCAUGGCAUUAUAACAGCGUUAGGACCUCUGAGGAUACAAGAAUUAUUUUCAAGAAUAAGAAAAGAGAAAUACAACAUCUGAAAAAAGGCUCCAACUAAUCAUUGAGUGUUCACUGCGAUAUUCCAAUCAGACAUUGUUGAGCAGAGUGUGCUUCAAAGGUUUCUAAACCUCGACUCGCGUAUUAUAAUCCGAUGAAGGGGCGACGAACUCGCAGUGAGAAAUGACCUCGGAUUACUUUGUCAACGGCGGCAGCAUAGAUGAGUGUUUGUUCAAGCAUUGAGAAUUUUGACACAGGUUCUCGCACAUUAUAAUGCAUUCU